GUAUUUUUGGUGCAUCGACAACUCAAGCACCUACUUUCGGUACAACGACGCCCAGUUUUGGUGCUUUUGGUGCGACCACGCAGAACCAACAACAAAGUACUGGUUUGUUCGGCAAGCCAGCCACCACUGGAUUCGGUUCGACUCCCGCUAGUACCGGCUUUGGUGGGUUCGGUGGUGGACUGUUCACUGCAAAGCCGCAGCAGACCACAGCACCCACUUUUGGCACUUCUGCACCUUCUGCAUUCGGCAAUUUGUCAACUGGUUUCGGUACGAACACCUCGAGUGCCGGUUUCUUCAGUAACUUUGGCAAACCGAAUACUACGCCCAUGUUGGGUGGACAGACACAGAAUACUGGUUUUG